AUGGAAGGAAAAACUUUGCAACGGACAUUUCCAAAGAAGACAACAGCGAAUAAUAAUUUGAAAUCAAAGUCAAAAAAAGGAAAAGGAUGGAGAAAAUGUCGUCAGAAAUAUACUAAAUCUAUUUUUGAUGAAAGUGAUGGCACCUGUAAUAACGAUGAAACUAAUAUGAAGUCAAAACAUCAACCCAACAUAGCAGAAGAGUCCAUUAGACAUUCCUCAGAUGAGAAGGAAGUGGAAUUUACAGAACCUAAAAAGUCUGUUCAUAGUACAAUGAAUUCUCCAGUUGAGGAGCAUGAAAAAUCAGAUUUGGAUACUAUGGGAUUUCGAGCAGAAGUAGCAAAGAUUCCAUUAGGUAAAGCAAAACAACUGCAAGAACGAUUAGGGAAGAAAUUAUUCGACAAGGCAUUCUUUGUUGAAGAUUCGUCAUCUGAUCUUAACAGAAAAUCGUCUCACAAAUCUUUUGUGCGUGAAAAUCCAAAAAGGCCGCGUGAAGUGUCAUCAAAAAUACCGGUGUCGAAAUUUAGGAAUGUGUUCGAGAAUGAAAAAUUGGAAAAACCUGCAAUUGAUCCUCGAUUUGAUAGCAGAUAUGGUGAAUUUAAUGAUUACAUAUAUCACAAUAAUUAUAGUUUUCUAGAUGAAAUACGUCAACAAGAGAAAAAGAUCUUAAUGAAAGAAUUAAAAAAUACGACAGAAGCGGACGUUGUUAACAGAAAUCGGUUAAAAGAAGCACUUAGGAAGAUGAAAAAUCAGGAAAAAACACAAGCAGAUGUUAAUCGUCGUAAAGAAGUAAUCCGUGAAAUACGUCAUGAGAAUAAUGAACGGAUGCGUCAAGGUUUACCACCUGUCUUUAAGACAAGAGCACAAAUUCGAGAACUUAUAUGGCGAAAAAAGUAUGAUGAAUUAAAAGGUGGAAAGAAAUUAGAAAAAUACCUUCGUCGUAAAACCAAGAAACAGGAUAAACGAUCUAUGCUACCAAUGAAUCAAUAA